UUGUGGGCGUGGGACCUGAAAGCGGUUUAAACCCUUUCGAAGGGGCGUGUGACCAGGGUGACGGGAGCUGAGGGGCUCCGGAGCCAUCAAGUUUCUUUCCGCGGUGAAAUAAUAGGACUACGCAAUGUGAAAAGCGGGGAGAGGGAUAAGUAAUUUGCUCUUCCGGGCGAGAGGUCAGCGGGCUCGCUGGGCAGAGAUGGAGCGGGAGAGACUCGAAGUCCCUCCGCGAGAUGCCCACGAUCUGCCCUUGUCUAUCCUCGAGGUGGGCUGCUGCGGGAAGUUUGAACUGGUCACGCAGCCGGUGGAAAAGGGCUGUGUCCUCCCGCUGACCACGCUUCCACAUGGCCUGCCGCCCUUCGCAGUGGACCUCCUCACCGAGGCAGAGACGUGCUUCCUGUCCGACCCCGAGAAGCUCCCCAUCCAUCACUUUGAGAACUCCCAGAAGAUAUGGCCGAGAGAGAAAUGUGUGGAUGCUUUGUACCACGUGGACGUCACCCCUGCUCAGUCGACCCUGCAGGUGGAGCGGAAACCAACCACGGGAGAGCUGCUUGGGUACCGGGAGGUGUUCCUAAGUGAUUUUGGGCUCUCGGCCAAGAACUCACUGUCUCUGCAGAGACCACCGGGACCCCUGGCUGAGUCUGUACGAGGCAGUUCAACCAAUUACCCCUUCUGGCCAGGGGGCAUGGAUGAGCCAAGUCUGGAUAUGAUUCAAACGGAUGAUGCUCUUGACGAAGAUAUCGACUUUGAGAACAAUCUGCUGACGGUGCCGCCUGGCUGGAAGAAGGGUCUGGACUUCAAGCAAGCGGGGCCGAAGGCUGUCCCUGGCCUCUUGAGCCUCACAGAGCUCAUGGAAGUGAUGGACCUUUGCCAGCUGGGGUGUUCCAGCGACGAGGAGGAGGAGGAGGAGGAGAGGAACCGGGGAACUGCAGAAGGGAAGCUGCCCCUGGCUCGGACCAACAGCCUGGAGGAACUAGUGCUGCAGAAGGUGACCACGCCUCCCCCGGCCGCGGGCAGCAAGAAGGAAGAGGAAGUGGUGCUGGAGAAGGAGCAGUGGGCAGUGCCGGUUGACGUCAGCGCACCCGUGGACGACUUCUACAAACGUAUCCCGGAGCCGGCCUUCAAGUGGCCGUUCGAGCCCGAUGUCUUUCAGAAGCAAGCCAUCCUCCGCCUGGAGUCCCGCGACUCUGUGUUCGUGGCCGCCCACACGUCUGCUGGCAAGACCGUGGUCGCUGAGUAUGCCAUUGCCCUCUCCCAGAAGCACAUGACUAGGACCAUAUACACAUCCCCAAUCAAGGCCUUGUCCAAUCAGAAGUUCAGGGACUUCAAGAACACCUUCAAAGACGUUGGGCUGCUGACGGGAGAUGUGCAGUUACAUCCCGAUGCCUCCUGCCUCAUCAUGACCACAGAGAUCCUCAGGUCCAUGCUGUACAACGGCUCUGAUUUGAUCCGGGACCUGGAGUGGGUCAUUUUCGAUGAGGUUCACUAUGUCAACGACGCCGAGAGAGGCGUGGUGUGGGAGGAGGUUCUCAUUAUGCUUCCAGACCACGUGAACCUCAUCCUGUUGAGCGCCACCGUGCCCAAUACUUUGGAGUUUGCCGACUGGAUUGGGCGGAUAAAGCAGAAGAAGAUCUACGUGAUCAGCACCACAAAGCGGCCUGUCCCCCUGGAGCACCACCUGUACACGGGCAACAGCCAGAAGACCCAGAACGAGAUCUUCCUACUCAUGGAUGCACAGGGGAACUUCCUCACCAAGGGGUACUACGCUGCCGUGGAUGCCAAGAAGGAACGGGCCAGCAAGCACUCUCAGACCUUCGGAGCGAAGCAGCCGACCCAUUAUGGGGGCCCCAGCCAGGACAAGAGUGUUUGGCUCUCCCUGAUCGACGUCCUGAGGAAAAAGGACAACCUGCCCGUGGUGGCCUUCACCUUCUCCCGCAACCGGUGCGACGAGAACGCCAACAUGCUGACCACCGUUGACCUGACCAGCGCCGUUGAGAAGAGUGAGAUCCACAUCUUCUUCCAGAAGUGCAUCUCUCGGCUGAAGGGCACCGACCGUGAGCUGCCCCAGGUACUGCGGAUGGUUCAGCUGCUGAAGCGGGGUAUCGGUGUGCAUCACAGUGGCAUCCUGCCCAUCCUGAAGGAAGUGAUUGAGAUGUUGUUCGCCCGAGGCCUGGUCAAGAUCUUGUUUGCAACAGAGACCUUUGCCAUGGGGGUGAACAUGCCGGCCAGGACCGUGGUCUUCGACAGCAUCCGCAAGCACGAUGGCACGAACUUCCGCGACCUGAUGCCAGGAGAAUACAUCCAGAUGGCGGGCAGAGCGGGGAGACGAGGGCUGGACACCACGGGGAUGGUGAUCAUCCUCUGCAAGACCGGGGUUCAUGAGAUGGCCGACCUCCACAGGAUGAUGCUGGGGAAGCCAACCCUGCUGCAGUCGCAGUUCCGCCUGACCUACACCAUGAUCCUCAACCUGCUGCGGGUGGAGGCGCUCCGCGUCGAGGACGUGAUGAAACGUAGCUUCUCUGAGUUCCACACCCGCAAGGAUGCCAAGAUAUAUGAGCAGCGGAUCCAAGACCUGACCAAGAAGCUGGCCAACUUGGACGUGGAGUGUGUUGGGCAGCUGAGUGACCUGGAGCACUACUACAUCACCGUACGGGAGCUCCUGUACACGCGGGCCUCCCUGCAGAAGAAAGUGAUGGAGUCGACAAGUGGGGUGAAGGCUUUGUCUGCCGGUCGAGUGGUGGUGGUUAAAAAUCAGCAGCACAGGAAUGCACUGGGAGUGAUCCUGCAGGUUUCCGGCGACUCAAGCAACCGAUCAUUCACCACCCUUGUGCUGUGCGAUUCGCGAGGAGGCGAGGAACAGGAGAGGGAAGGGGGUGUGGAUUCCUCGGCAGCUCCCACCCCUGAUCAGCUGCUCGCCAACAAGCUCUUCCUGCCCGAGGGUGAGUGAGUCUACACCUUGGUG